AUGAAAAAUAUCAGAAUCAGCGAGCGUGCUCCGAAAACCUGUUUGCAGUGUUCUCGGCGGCAUGUAAAAUGCGACAAGCAGGUUCCGUGUUCUGAAUGUGUGCGCCGUGGAAUUAGCGAUGCAUGCAUCCGCGAGCCAGUGGUUGUUCGCGGGAGACUGCUAAACGAGCCAACUAUGCAACAACUGGCUUCGGCCAACGACGAGCUCACGAGAAAGCUGGAUGAGGCAGCGAAGGAGAUUCUGCACUUGAGAAAGAGGAUCCGAAGGUCGCAAAUCCCGCUGAUUAGUGCACAGGGCCGGCGAAGGCACCCUGAAAAAGGUCACGUGUCCAUCAACGACGGCGGAAUAGAGUAUAUAUCGAGGGGUCUUUCCAAGCGGGGGCCCGAAGCCGCCGACUUCAAGCUGUACCUGCAGGAUCCCAGUCUAUGGCCGGUCUCGAAACGCCGUCCCAACCAUUGGACGCUCUUUUAUGAGUCCACAAGCUACAGUUUCAAAAAGGAGCUAGUCAAACGCUUGAUAUCCAGCAUCACUCGCGAGCUUUGUCUGGAAAAAGUCCACUUCUCACUAUCUGCCUUGGGUUUCCUCUUCAACACUCUGGAUGAGGCUCAAUUCCAGUCUGAGCUUGAGUUCUGUCUUGCCCAUAAUGCCUCCAUCUUUAUUCUCGACGAGGAAGUUACAGAACACCCCGAUCAAUUUAACAUGCGCAGAAAGCGGUUUGGCUGGUUCUCCGUACUGUACGCUUUGCUAGCCCUUGCUUUCUACGUGCACCAGGACACAACCGAGCACUACAGAAUGCACCAUCCAGACACCAACUUAGACAGAAGUCAUGCCUGCUAUCUUGCGUCUCUCGAGUGUAUCCACCGCAGUGAUUUCGUCGAAAACCCCAAUCUCCAUGUACUGCAGGCGUUCAGUAUCCUACUAACGACGCUUCAAGGGUUUGGCAACACCGCAGUGGCGUAUUCUCUGCUGAACGAUAUGAUUGACACGGCAUUGAGAAUGGGCAUUCCUAGCGAUGAACAGUCCGUUUCGCGCCGUGUGUGGACCAGCUUGGUCAUUGUGGAUGCCCUUGAAGUGUACGGCCGGUCCAGCAUCAUCACUUCCGAUCUGUGCUUGGAUUCCAUUGACCCCCAGUUCACCUCUUCGUCCUUCCAGCAAACACUCGCGCGCAUCGCACUGAUAAGAAAACGCUGCUCGUCCGUGGGCCAUGCCGAUGCUAAGCAGACGCUUUUGGCGGCCAACUCCGAGCUAAUCGAUCUUCUCACGGCAACCAAAGCUCUUCUGGAUGUGCAAGACCUCCAAAGACCACCGGACGACCCCUACUGGGUACGUCGGCAUGUUAUACUGGACACUCUGUACGCGCAAAUCGCGCAUAUCAACCAAUCGCUAGCGAGCUACACCAGCAAGGAUGAGUGGAUGCUGAAGUACCGAUCCACCUGUGUGUGCUACUCUCUACUGACGCUCGAGCUAUUCAUGUCUCAAGUGACGCUCCAGCAUUACCGAAUCUGGUCUCUUGUUCAUCACGUUUUGACCUCAUCGGUUUUUCUAAUAGUUGAUGUUCUUAUGAACAUCCAGCUGCAGCAGAACGAUCAGCGUGUCAUUUUGGUGGUCGAAUGCCUCAAGUUCAUAGAUAAUCUGGGCUACGACCAUUUGGAGGAUAGAGGAAGUGGGCUCAUCAACGAACUACUAGCAUGCAUUACCUGCACUACCCCUGAAGGUGUGGUGACGUUUCAGAACAUGAGCCACGACGAGAUUCUGCGCUAUGUGCGAGAAUCAGGACGAGACCUUGGUGUCAGUGGAAAUUCGGUGGUGAGCUUCAGAGACGGGCUACAGCGCGCGUCGGAAGAUGAGAUCGAGUCAUGGGCCGAGUCGCUGUUCCAGUGGACCGAGUUCAUUGACUGGCUGAACACAUACUGA